AUGAAGAAGAAAACAAACAAUGUGUUGACCUUGUUGUGGACAGUUUUUGGUAAGCCUAUUAUACUUUUAUCUUGCCUCUAUUAUGUAGUACCGCUUUUCGGUUAAUUUUCCUUCGAAUCCUCAAGAAUUUAUCAGCUUUACUAUCUUACCCAUGUUUCAGCUGUUCCUCAGCUUGUGUUGGCUUAUCCAACAACAACAUGCACCUCUAGACCUUGCAAACAUGGCUAUUGCAUUGAUGAGUUGUAUGGCUACAGUUGUUCUUGUUUUGUGGGUGAGUUAUUUUAUAUUGUUCUUGAUGUUUAGGUGUAUUUGAGGAAUUUGCCUCAGAAUUAGAUAAUAGGCAGAAAAGGUUUCGAUUUUUGUUUCUAGAGCGACAUUAUGGACUUGGCUGCCUCGUUGGCUAGUUUAUUUUCGACGCCAUUGAAAACAUUCAUUAAAAUCAGCUGAUUUAUGUUAUCCAUCUGGCCUGGUAUUGGUCUACAAAAGAAACUCGCUAAAACUGUGAUUUUGCGCAAUUAUCUUUUCGAUUAUGCAAUAUUUUCUUCCAGUAGAGGUUAGGGGAGUUACUUUUUAUGAGAGGACUGUGUUGUUUGCAAUUUUCUUGGUUCUAGGUUACGUUGGUCAAAACUGCGACAUAAAAGUCACAAAUUGCGAGCUGCCCUGCGAGAAUGGUGGAACUUGCGCGAAUUCCACUCAUUGCACUUGUCCUAACAGCCAUUUCGGGCAGUUCUGUCAACACGAAAGGCCGGAUCCGUGUCAGAAUCAACCAUGCGGAGCCAACGGAUAUUGUCAGUCCAAUCAGAAGUACAAGUAAGAAUUUUCCUUUUCUUUCUUUGACUUUUAGUGGAUAUUUCUGCAAGUGCAAGCCAGAUUGGGGUGGUAGACACUGUGAGAUCCCGAAUUGCACCGCGGAUGAUUGCGAAAUGCACAUUUCUCGCUGUUCUUCCGACAGCUGCCUAAAUCAAGGUGAAUGUGUGGAUGAAUUCUCGACGAAUUCGACUCGAUGUGUGUGUCCGAUAGAUUUUCGGGGUGAGAAAUGCGAGUUCAAGAAGACUGGAGAGCUGGCGGCGAGUUCGGGAACAACUGGCAAUGUUGUAGUAGUUUUGGUGGGCAACUUGAGUUCAGUCCAAUAUCACUCAAAUUUGAUUGUGGAAGCCUUGAAUGGAGAGAUGGGAGCUCAUGUGGAGUUUGAGAAGACCGAUGAUGGCCGAAGUAUGUUAUAUAAAUGGGAUUCUAUCAAUGGGAAAGGCGAUUUAAUUGAGACGUUAGGUCAAAAUCAAGGUGAAGAUGGUAAGUUGAAUUUUAUAUUGUUUUGCUUCAGUUUCUAGACGCUAAAAGCUGCAAUAAAGCUAGAAGGAGUGUUGACGCUCAAAAUUUCAGUUUAUCAGAGGCGUUUUGGCCAAGUUUUACAAGGAAUUUUGAUGGUUUUGAGGGUGAACACCGAAAGAUGCAUUGAAAUCAAGAGAAUUGAGCCGAAUUCCACAUGCCCAGAGACUGUGAUUGAUGUGGCAUCCCUUCUGGUAUCUCCGAGGACCCAGAAAGUCCUCGAACCGUUAGGCCUUCACAUUCAUUCAGCUGCGGAGUCACGAAAUUCCAGCAAUAAUUUGAACAGAUUUUCAUCGCUUGUAAUUGCGGGCUCAAUUGUCGCAUCCCUCUUGAUUGUCAUUACUAUCGUCCUAGCGGUCUUGACCAACAAAAACAAGCAGUAUUGGUAUCAAGGAUGUCAUGGAGGUGACUGGGAAAACGGAUCUUUGAUUGGUGCCGCACUCUCGAAGUCGGACUCUCUGGCCAAGGUCACUACUGGCCCGAUUUGGAUCCCGCCCAAGGGUAAUACUCUGUUUUUGUCCGAAUGAGGAUUUUGAGAGUUGAAUUUUUGAAAUUUUUGUCUAGUGUAAUAUAAAUUUUUGACGGUUUUGCACAUAAAACGGGUUGAUUUAAAUCUCUUAGCUCUUAUGAUGCUCUAGAAUUGCUUAAUAUUGCGAUUGAACCACAAAAAAAUUUUUUGACUUGUCAAGUGUAAUAUGAUUUUUGUUAAAUUUUCAUUUGAAAUGUGUAUUUUAUGGACGAUCAGUACUGACUAUAAAUUUUUAGAGCGUACUGAGAACCUUCAUGGCCAUUGCUCAUGCCAGUUGACAUUAAAUCCCACCAAGGGUAACAUCGAAAAACACGUUGAAAAUUGCCAAUUCUCAAUUGGAGUAAGUGGUUUUUAUAUUUUUUUCUUAUGUUUUUGGAUAAGUUACGUCAUAAUUACGAUGGUUCCGACAUUUUCAGGGCAGGGGUAUAUUGAAAAAGGCCUUCAAAGAGAUUGCAAGCAAAAAAUCGGCGGAAUACCGGGAAAAAACUGGAAUUCAAAUAAAUUUUGAUGACAGUGCAGUGGAAAAAGUUUCUCAAUGUGUGACAGACACGAUGAAGACCCGAUGGUUCCCGGACUUGCAAAGAUUUGCAGGGUAAGCACCGAUUUUUGACGAUUUUUUAUUGUUUUAGGCAUGCUGGAAGAUCGAAGCCGAAUUUGAAUGAUGCAACGAUGUUGUUCAAUAGAAAUGAGGGAAUUGUAAGUGAAAGUAUGAUGUGAAGUAGAUGUGGAAGAAUUUUUGAAGCGUAUGGAGAUCAGGUUUUGAAGAAAUGAAGGAAAUUAUAUUGGACUAGGUGACUUAAAAUAAUAUUGGAUUUUUUUGGUAGUUAUUGACGUUUUUUGAUAACAAGUUUGCUUUAGAGGAGUAAUUAUGAUUUAUUACGUUGAUACUAUUGCAUAAUUGUUUUUUAUUUCAAGUAGUUUUUGGGGUUUGAGCCGUAUAUUGCACUUGGUCUUGAUAAUGUAAAAAUGAGCGGAUUUUAUUUUAAAAUCUAGUUAACUUGUUAGAUUUGUUUUUAGAUAGUAAGAUAAUGUCUCAUUUUACGUUUAUUUUAUAAUUUUGGACCUUAUACCUUGCCGAUUUUUUAGUCAAAUCGAGUAAAUCAACUUUUCGAUGAGAUGGGAACGGACGCCCUUGAUGAAGUGAACACUCUUGAUGAAUUCGACACUGGGAUAAAAGAUGAACCAGUAAGUUGUUUAAACUUUUUUGUUUUGUUUUUAGAGACAAUUGGACCAAGAAAUUAUAUUACUUUAGACAUCAACAGAAUUUUUGACGCCCAACCCGUUGAAGAGAACCUACAACGAAGUAAAGAUGGAAUCUGACUCCCGUGAGAUGCCUAGAUUCGCCUCAAAUGAUCUGGAUUUGGUCCCGGUGAAUGGCCAACCGAAUAAAUUUCUUCAGAAGUCAACUGGUGCGACUGUAAUUAUCCCCAAGAAUAAUAAGGUAUAUCCCACCGGAAAGCUCCCAAUAUACAGUGGCUUGCCUGGAAAAGCAAUGUGCGAGACCAUGGACAUGAUGUUGAGUGUAAGUUGACAGAUUUGGGGAGUUUUGGAUAUUGUAGUAGGCAAAAAUUGUUGAAAUUUUUAAAAAUUGGAAGUUGUUGUGGAUUUUUUUUUACAGAGGGAGCUGAGGAUGUGUGAAGUGUUUAAAAUAGAUUUUGAGGGGGUUGCCUGAUUUUUUGUUUAAAGUUUUUUGAUUUUUUCAAAAAAUUCGGUAUUUUUGAAAAAUUUUUGAUAUUUUAGUCCCGUCCAGAGCUCAGACCUUCCCCGUUUGAUAAGAUGCAACCUCAUGAAGCAUUAUCAGUCUCAAAUCUGCAGAAAAUCAUUGGCAAUCAAAGAAAAAAUGACUCGGAAAUUUCUUCGAAUCAUGGUGAAUAUCAGCCAGAUGAAAUUAAGCCCGAAAAUGAUACCGGAUCCCUCUCCGAACCUCCGAUUCUAACUCCAGAAGGAAGUUUUGACUUUACACAAGAUGAGAGCAACUUGGAAAUUGAAGAACCACGAGAUUUGUCACCAUCGGAACGUUGUUUUAAAGAUGAAUUUCAAUUUUUCGAAGUCCGCCUGGAUUGA